AUGGCUGAUUCAAUAAAUGUUUCAUUGUCACAUUUGACGGACUUGCAAAACGCUAUAAAGACUCAAUUCUUGGACAGAUAUUUAGAUAAUUUGGAUGCCAUACACACAAUCCAAUCCAGCACAAAGUUCAAGGACUCGACGGCGCUGAAGGAACUGGGCAAGCUUUCACAGUUGAUCAGAUCGCAUGCCACCAAGAUUGGGAUUGUGUUGAACCCUGAGACUUUCAACCCCCAGAAUUACGCGGCAGUGUACAAAGAACUGAAAAGCUUGAUUGACGUCGUCUUCCUACUGUUCAGCGUCACACCGCUUUUCUACACAGCCCAAAAUAAAAAGAUGUACGCGCAAUUCCUGCUUGAGAGACUAGACAGUGCACUUUUGAAUCUGCUGAACGGACUGAACUUCCUCUCUGAGGAAUUGAAGGGAAAACUGGAAGACGGCAGUUUCGAUGAGAACAGAUUACGCUCAGUCGGAAUUUUGUGGUCUACGUGCGAUGCGCUCGAUGAUAUCAGCACAAAGGGGAACUUCGGACUGCUCUCUGACAAGGUCAAAGUUAGCAGUGAUAUGAUCAACGAUGUUGUCACCGAGAUUGACGAGUUUUUGGAAGACCCGGAGAGUGUUCUCGAAGGAAUGGCAGACCUCGGGUUGUCGGACUUGGAAACUGAGGACGCUGGCGACAGUACAGAAACAAUCAAGGCUAUUCGGCCCUUUAUGGAGGUCUGGAAGAACAAAUUGAAACUGAUCAAACUGCUCUUGUCCUCGUUCAACUCAACGAUAACCUCCACAACGUAUAACGAGAAGGACUACUCCGGGAGCAUGCUAGAUGAAUUGAACUCGUUGCACCAAUCCAUUGCUGAACAAGUGGAUGACUUCAUUUCUGAUAUAUACAUGGCAGACGAGUCCUUCACUGCGGAGGACUCCAAAGAGGAGAUCAGUAAGCUGGACGCGACCAUCAGGAAAAUGAUUAAAGUUAUCAAAAACUUGAACAAGAGUGACCAAAAAAAGAUCAAGUGGAUAAACACCUGGGAAUGCAAAUAUUUCCCAUCAGAAAGUAAUACACUUGCGAAAUAA